AUGGGGAGAGACGCAGCCUGCCUCCCUAGGCGGGGAGCGGCAGCGGGAGCGGCAGCAGCAGCUGCUGUGCUGCUCCUUUUGGGCGGCAGUAUCCCCAGCCCUAUCCCUAUCACAACCCCCACCACAAGCAGCAGUAGCAGCAGCAGCAAUGGUGGCGGCGUAGUGCUGUGUGCAUUGGCUUCCGAGGUAGCGGAUCCUUCCUAUGGUGCUUCCUCAGGCUUUCCCUCAGGUGGCUCGGGUCUUUCAGAUCAGUUAUCUCAGAUAUUCUCCUCUGUGGGUCCUUUUGUAUCACAGUUAUUAUCUGGUGGCAGCGGCGAUGGUGUAGAGGGUGUAGGUGAUUCUGGUGGUGGGGGUGGGGGCCCUGGAGGGGCCCUUGGGGCCCUCUAUGAAAUGGGCCGUCGUGCUGCUGGUGCCCUGUCUACUUCCUUAGCAUCUGAUGAAGCAAGAGAGAGUAUGUGGGUACCUCUUCAUGAGCAAAUAGGAGUAGCAAGAGAUAUGUUAGGCCUCCCUGGUGAUGAUGCACAAGGUGUAAGAAGUGCAGCAAGAUUGCUGCUUGCUGCUCAGCUGCCUAUUGCUCGUUUUGCUGCUGAGAGAGAGGCUUGUGAUGAUGAAGAAGCAGAUAAUCGAGCACUCAAGAUCGUCAAUGAAUACCCCACUACUAAGAAGAUGCUGCAGGACUACAUGGAGCAGAAGCCUGACCGUAACAUUCGUGCUGCUCCAGCGGAUCUAUUGCGUCUUCAUGGUGCAAUGAAGGAGCAUCUUCGUGCCUUCCGUGCUGCAGCAGCAAAUAACAUAUUGCCUGUAUCUAUAUUAGGGGCAUUAGAUUCUUUAAGUACGGAGGCAGCAGCAUUAGUAACAGGAUACUUAGCAACGGUGUCUCGUUAUCUUGUCUUUAAAGACCGAUUCAAAAAAAAUAAGAGGGGUCUUUCUUUCUUUGCACGUCAUGUGCUGCCUCGUUUGCUGCAGUUGUUUGCUUUACAGCUAGAUGCAUGCAGGCAUUUAUGGCGUUUUCUUUCCUUCGUUGCCCCUCAUGAGACAAGUAUUUCUCCUGCAGCAUUUAAACCCUCUUUGCCUCCUGCUGGUGCUGCUGCUGCUGCUGCUGCUGCAACAGCAGCAGCAAACGCGGCUGCGGCAUCUGCAACAGCAGCAUCAACAGCAGCAGCAGCAGCAAACUCCGCCUCCUCCGCGUAUCCUUCUUCAUAUCCAACACCCCCUGCUCUUACUAUACAUGAUGCAGAGACAGGGGGGGCCCUGAGGACCUUAGCACAAAACUUAGGGUUUGCUGUUCCUUCUGUCCCACAUGCAGCAGCACGGGGCUUUGGUAGAAGAUUGUUAGCUCGUGUACAGGUGCAUAUUGGGGCUUUGCAUGCACUAGCACAAGGUUGUUUAGCAGCAACUUCUCUUUCCUUCCAGAGGGAAUAUGCAGAGGCAGAAGAUCGUGUUGAACUAGGAGAGGCCCCUGCGGCUGCUUUCCUUAGCCUUAAAGAUAAAAGCGAACAACUGGGGCCCCAAACAGAGCAGCAGCAAACAGCAGAGAAGCCCAAGCAGAGCGAGGGAAAACCACGCAAGAAGAAUACACAUAGACUGCGAGCCCUUAACAGGAAACCACCUGCUUCUGCUGCUGCUGCUGCUCCUGCAGCAGCAGAAGCACCGGUAGCAGAAGUAGCCAACGAUAUUAUGCAGCAGCAACAACUCACUUCUGAUGAUGAGUCUGCAACACCGAUCGCAGAUGCAGCAGCAGAUGCAACAACAGAUGCAGCAGCAACAGCAGCAACAGUAUCCGAUUCCUCAGCAACAACAGAAGGCCCCACAGACGAGAGCGACAGGCGGUUGUAA